AGUGCAAAUAAAUUUUCUUAAAAAAGAAGUUUGGCGGUAGAUAGAGCUGUUGAGAAACUGGAUAGUUCAGGGUCUAUCCAGCAUAUAGUCGUCCUCGUUGUAUUCGUGCCGCCUCUCUCUCUCUCUUCAGUGAAUCCUCGAUCUUCCGACGCAUCAAUCUAGAGAUUUUAAUCCGCCUUUCUCCAAUCCAUUAAAAUCCGAUAUUUUUAUGCAAUCCGCGCUGAUUCAUGCACUUGUGGCCAGUUCAGUUGUAUAAUUCUGUGUAAUCGGUGUGAAUUGGGGUAGAGGCAGUACAAAUUGGUCUUAUUUCAAUUUUGGGGAUUUGGGGAUAUUUAAUUGCGUAGUUUGAUCAUGGAUAGUAACAAGGAUGAGGCCGAGAGAUGUUUGAAAAAAGCCGAAUCUGCUGUGGCGUCUGGAGAUAAACAAAGAGCAAUAAAAUUUAUUAGAAUCGCGCAGCGAUUAAACCCUAAUCUCCCAAUCGACGACCUUUUAGCUGCCUCCGAGAAGCUAGAUGGAUCUGAUUUCACUACAGCAGAUCAAGUUAUUGAAGAGACCAAAUCGUCGACGGAUUCGGGACCUUCUAAUGGGGAUCGGAGUUACACUGAGGAGCAUGUUAGAUUGAUCAGAGAAAUCAAGAGGAACAAGGACUAUUAUGCUAUUCUUGGGGUGGAGAAGAGUUGUUCGGCCGAGGAAAUUAGAAGGGCCUAUAGAAAACUAUCCCUUAAGGUUCAUCCCGACAAGAACACGGCUCCCGGUGCUGAAGAGGCAUUCAAAUCCGUGUGCAAAGCUUUCAAAUGCUUGAGCGAUGAGCAAUUAAGGCAGGAUUAUGAUCAAGUAGGUGUUGUUGAUGAUCAUGAGUAUGAACAGCAAGCUUGGAAUACAAUGAUGAGGAGAAGGCGGCGAAGGGCCACCAGAAAUGAAUUCUUCGAUGAAGAUUUUGAUGCUGAUGAGAUAUUCAGAUCCUUCUUCUAUGGUUCGCAAGGUGAUGUUUUCCACGCACAUAAUGUUUACAGGCCAAGAGGAAUGGGGGGGCAACGAAUGGAUCAUCAUAAUUUCGAUCCGGCAUCAGGGUUUGGUAUUAUAAGGCUAAUGCGGAUAGUGGUUAUCUUGAUUUUCUUCUUGUUUGCAUUCGUUCCAUUUUUCGAGCCAGAGUAUUCUUUGCAGAAGUCUUAUAACCAUCGGAUUCCAAAGGUCACGGAGAAGCACGGGGUUGAGUACUUUGUGAGGAAAGAAGAUUUCGAGCAGCGAUUUCCGCAGGGAAGUUCUGUUAGAGAUAAUCUCGAAAACCAUGUUUUGAGAGAUUAUAAGAGUAUUCUUGGGCGCUACUGCCAUUUCGAGAUGCAAAGGCGCCAGUGGGCCAAAAACUAUCCGACACCUCAUUGCGAUAAGCUGAGGAGUCUUGCGGCAGCAUGAAGUUGUUCAUGAGAUCUGGAAAGACCCGGCCGCUUCAACUUGGAAAUAGAAAAGAAGCUUUAAAGACAUUCAGUUCAGGUAAUGAAGAAUACAUGAUUCAAAUGAAGCCUAUGAUUAUUGGAAGAUUAUGGUUCGUGAUCUUUACUGACACUACAGCAAUACUACAUUAUUAUAUGGCAUUAAAUUCGGGUAAAGAGGCAUCGACUCGGGCAUAGUUGCCGCGAAGAACUACAUCGGCAAGUCAGUAUGUUUAUGGAGCUCUACCUUGUCCAAUUUUACGGUAAGAACCCUCACAGGCAUCAGUGGUGACCAAAAUUGAUCAGUGUGAGACAUGGCUUUUUUAGUUUCUUUUUAGGUUCAUUUAUAAGUUUAUAGCUUCCUAAGCUCUGUUUUCGUUUGACUUGCGCGGUACUUCUUAUAUCAUUGUAACAGGGUAAAUCACUGCUUAUUUCUUCGUAAGUUUGGAUUGACGUAAUUGUAAUUUGGCUGCUACCACUCACAAUGAUGCUAAGGGCAUCGGCUGCUCUUGCUUUACUUGAUUUACGGUUAGAGCGCAACUACGUCAAUCCAAACAAUUCUAAACUCUUGUGUAUUGUUAAGAUUUUUUUUUUUUUUUUUAUUU